GGGCAAAGUAUGAAACGCUCAUCACCAGAAAUCAGAUAAAGACCAUCAUCUCAGCAAGGACCCAGGUAAUGACUCGGUACAGACAGAGCCCUUCCAGAGGAAGGAGACAAGCCCUGGCUGUACAAUUCCUCCCUCAGCCCCUAUGAGCUAGAAGAAGCUACCAUUAAAAGAAUGGACAAAGAUGCAGAAGCAUUAAAGGCAGCCAGAGCCGAACUCUGUGAAGCGAGACGGCAGUGGCACCACAUGCAGACCGAGAUUGAAUCCCUCCACGCUGUGGAAAAGGGUCUGGAGCGUUCCCUGCGUGCCACAGAGCAGCAGUACCACAUGCAACUACAGAAUUUAGAAGCUGAGAUUGGAUGCUUAGAGAAAGAGCUACUGGACGUGAGAAGAGGCAUUGAGAAACAGCUUCGAGAGCACGAAAUUCUCCUGAACACGAGGAUGAAGCUGGAGGAGGAGAUAGCAACAUAUCGCAGUCUGCUUGAGCAGGAGGAGAACAGGUUUCGUUGCUCUGUCCCUGACCAGAAGGACGACAAGAAGCCAACCACAAGAAGCAAGAUCGCCUUUACCCUGCCUUCCAGUGAUGCAUCUGCAUUUUCUUUUACAGACGGCGUAAAGAAGCACGACACCGAGAAGGUGGAACUGAUGACAAAACAAGCAAUCCUGGAUGGAAAUAUUAUGAAGGAAAGCGCUGAAGCUCAUGGCACUGUACAGACAGAAAAAGUGGAUGAAGUGAUUAAAGAAUGGGAAGGUUCUUUCUUUAAGGACAACCCUCGCUUAAGGAAAAAAUCAGUUUCACUGCGCUUUGAUCUCCACCUGGCAGCAACGGAUGAGGGAUGUUUACACACCAAAAAGAAAACUCUUCCCGACAUUGAAGUCAGGCUGGUCAUGAGGAGAUCCUGCAGUAUUCCUUCUAUCAAACCCUAA